UGACAUCAUAUCGUCAACAACACUCGGGCUCGGGUUGUCAUUGUCAUUGCGAAAUACAAGCAUGAAAAAAAUAAUUUUAAUUUCUAUUAUUUUAUUUAUUAAACUCUAUCAAUAAUAAUAAAAGAGACAAAAAUUUCGAAAUAUCAGAUAUCUGUCUACUAAAAAAAAACAACUAAAGGUCAGACUGUUUUCAGUCUUACGAUUGUAAGAAGUGCCAAAGUGAUUUGAAUUGUGUGAUCUGAGAAUAAAGAUACAGAAUUAUUGCACUAUCUUUAGUAAAAUCCUAAGAAAAUGUUACCAAAAGUAAUAAAAUUUACUUGAGAGUUGUGAGAUAGAGUUUGUUUAAUUGAUAAAUUAAUGACAAUCAAUAAGAAACAAAUAACCUCAGCUGUUAAUGUAUCUUUUGCCAAACUUAAAUUUUAGACACUAAAAAAAUGGAAGAACUUGAAGUUUGGGACGAUUUAUCUAACAUUCCGGCUGACCCUCCAGUCAUGCGCAAACUUUGUGCAGAUUGCAGGAGACCAGCAGUAGUUUGUUGGUGUUCAGCAUUACCACCGGAAAAGUUGAAUCCUCGCAGCACAGUCAUAUUGUUACAACAUCCUGCUGAAGAAAAGAGAUGUCUAAGAACGGCUCCCAUGUUGCAACUAGGUUUAGCACCUGAUAAGUGCCUUAUAUUCAAAGGGAAAAAGUUUCCUCAACCCAGGCAUAAAGACUUGGAGGUGUUACUCACACAGCCAAAUACACUUCUGUUGUAUCCUAGCAAAACUGCCAUAGACAUAAGAGACAUGGAGAAUGAUACUGAUAGUUACAAUUUAGUACUAAUAGAUGGCACUUGGCCUCAAGCUAAGGCCAUAUAUGCAUCCAGCCCAAUACUGCACAACAUUAAACAAGUUAAAUUGUUGACAAGCAAUACUAGCAGUUAUAUUAUAAGGACACAACCAACAGAAGGAUGUCUGAGUACACUUGAAACUGCUGCAGAAGCCUUAUCACAACUGGAAAGGGACCCAAAAUAUACUGAACUCUUAAUACAACCUUUACACACUUUGUGUAAAUAUCAAUUAGAAAAUGGAGCAGUAACACACCAGUCUAAGGAGUUUCUCAUUAAAACUAGAACAUAUCCCAAAUUGAUUGGCAAAAGGUUAUCUAAGUUACUUAGAUCUACACAAGAAGAAUUGCCUGAUCAAACAUAAUUUUUAUAUUUAAGAAUAAAUUAUGUAUGUUACAAAAAUA